AUGUUUAAUAAGAAGGAGAUGACAGGCACCACCAUUAUUGCAAUAAAGUAUGAUGAUGGAGUAUUGAUUGGAGCAGACUCAAGAACAUCGAUGGGAGCAUAUAUCCCAAGCAGAGUGACUGACAAGCUUACACCGAUUACAAAUAACAUAUUUGUUUGUAGGUCAGGGAGCUCGGCAGAUACACAAAUGAUUUCUGAGUACCUAAAGAUGUAUCUUACUCUGUAUUCACAUCUUGAAAGCUCUAUUCCUUUGGUUCAAAGAGCAGCAACACUGGCUAGUAAGAUCAUAUAUGAGAAUCCAAGCCUCUUGGCAGGUCUCAUAGUUGCUGGAUACGACGAUAAGCCAAGGAUCUUCAACAUAUCUCUCGGAGGGACGCUUGUGGAGUGCGAUUGGGCAAUUGGAGGCUCUGGAUCUGCGUUUAUAUAUGGCUAUUGCGAUGUUAAUUGGAAAAAUGGGAUGAGUCUUGAGGAAGGAAUUGGAUUUAUCAAAAACGCAGUUUCGUGUGCAAUAAACAGAGACAAUGCUUCUGGAGGAUGCAUAAGAAUGUCUGCAAUUUCUAGGAAUGGGGUCCAAAGAUAUUUCUAUCCCGGAGACAAAGUGCUUCAAUAA